AGAAUUCAUCAGUUUACUGAUUUACUCUCAAGAAAUUUUAAGAAGCUAAGCACACAAUCAAUCUCUCUUACAAAAAAUAAAGGAACAAUGGAUUCACCCUCAAAAAGGAGUCUAGAAUCAAGCAAGAUAAUGACUGAAACUACAUUUCCCAUACCUUUCCCCAUCGAUUUUCAAGAGGACCUAAUCUCGGGUAGUAGCAUGAUCGUUGAAGAGCAAGCCAUGGAGGGUAUCCAAAAUGUUAGACCUGAGGCUGAAAGUAGCCUAUACCCGCUUAUCCCACAAGCAACAAUGAAUGAGAUAUAUGUUCCUUCUCCCACCAACUCUGAGCCAAAGAAUAUCUAUGAUGAUUUAAUGGCACGGCUAUGUAAUGACGAUGAUAUUUUGAAAUUGGAAGAGAACAAUGAGCAAAUUCCUUUAGAUGAUAUUUCCUUGGAAGUCCUUAAAGCAGUGGAGGGGCUAGCACAUAGUGUAACCAAUGACAGAAAUUCAACUACUCUCUUGACCUCAAAUUCAUUAGAGGAAAUGAACAUUUCAAUUCCACCUGCAGCUGGGGUAGUUGUAUCUGAAGCAUUCACUCAAUUUCAAUCACCAAGUUUCCCAGUGCAUCCUUAUGGUUGUACAAGUGUUGGUGCUAGUGCUAGUGCUAGUGUUGGUGGUAUUGGUUGCACUAGUACUGUUAAUGCUAGUGUUGUUGCUGGUGCUAGCACAACAGUUAGGUUAGCAACUACUGAUCCACAAGAUCCUCCUCAAAUUGGCACUAGUACUGUUAAUGCUAGUGUUGUUGCUGGUGCUAGCACAACAGUUAGGUUAGCAACUACUGAUCCACAAGAUCCUCCUCAAAUUGGCACUUCAUUUGGUAAUUCUGUGUUUCCAAAUACAACAGGAAACCCAUUGACUCAGUUUCAAUCAUGUUCAUCAAAAUCAAGCUUCCCAAUGCUUCCCUACGACAGUAGCAGCAACAGUAGUUACCAACAAUUUCCAAGGUACAUUCCAUACCUAAUGACUGGGAUUGGUCCACAAGGUAUACCUGCAAUGAUGCCUCAGCAUAAUCAAGGAAAAUUUUGGCUUCGCCCACCACCUCUCUCAGACUUUCCAAACUUUGUGCAUGCCUGGGAGGGAAGUUUGGUUGAAAGAAUUCACUUGAAUGACGAUUCCCUUACUCAAGCAAGGGUUGUGAGGAAACCAACAUCACCUGUCACGCUUACUGCUGAAUGGGGGCCUAGGCUGGAGAUUGUCCUCUUCUUACCCACAAAUGCGGUUAACUAUACAAUGAAGAUUCUUGGUGGACCUAUUGAUUAUGUGUUCUUUCACAUAACUCAUUUCAAUCAUCUCAACUUAUACGAUCGUUUAAAGAGUAAAAAUCUGUGUGCAAAAAUUGAACUCCCUCCACAGACUAUAAUCUUAUCUACUACUAGCAGCAAAUAUCACUUUUUAGGGGCAAUUUUUCCAGGGGAUACACUAUUUGUUGAACCUGCCUAAAUAUGCAUUUUGGUUCUUGAGCCAAAGCAGCCUCAAGUCAUAAACAAAAGGUUCAAAGAAUUGCUAUAAGCUAGAACGACGUGAAAUAAGAGGAAAGAGAAAGAAACCAAUUAGUAGACCAUGCCAUGUUGCAGUUGCAACUGCACUGUAUCAAAAAAUUGAGUACCAUGAAAGUAACUCGAUGUAAUUGAUUAAAAUGGCUGGUACCUAGCUAGUGCUAUAGCAAUUCAGCUAGAGUAGCAACUUUGAUAAGUAGUCACAUUGGCUGGCUUGAGGCUCUAAGAAGUGCUGCAAUUUAUAAAUAUUUGUUUGGACAUUUUAUAACAUAGGUGCUAUAUGGAUUUCCCCAAAAUUUAUCUAGAUUUUCUUAUGUUUUAUUUAA